UAAAGGAAAAUAGAAAAAGAAUGGAUAAGGAGAAAAUCCUGUUCGAGGAGAUACACCAGAAGCCCAAAUCCACGAAAAUCAAUCACUAUGGCCACAGCAAUCGCGCCAUUGGCGUUCUUAACCUCCACCGGCACAACCGCCCCAAAACCACCGCAAGCUUCAUCGUUACCAAAGCCCCAAAUUCCCAUUCUCCAAUCCAAACCUCCACUUUCAUCAACUGCCCCAAUCUCCAUCGCAGCCACUGCCAUCGCCGUAGCCGCGAUCCUUAGCACCGCUACACCCUCCCUCGCCGAUACCGGGGCCGCUUUCAAUGUCUACUAUGGCACUGCCGCCAGCGCCGCCAACUACGGUGGCCUUGGUGGCAACGCCAACAAGAAAGACACAGCAGAAUACAUCUACGACGUGCCGGAAGGAUGGAAAGAGCGAUUAGUAUCCAAAGUCGAAAAAGGUACCAACGGAACCGAUAGUGAAUUUUACAAUCCGAAGAAACGAUCAGAGAAAGAAUACCUAACUUUCCUGGCUGGAAUCCGGCAAUUAGGGCCGAAGGAUGUGAUUCUGAAUAACCUGGCUCUAUCGGACGUGAAUUUGCAGGAUCAAAUCGCGAGCGCCGAGAGCUUCUUGGCGGAAGAGAAGAAGGAUGAGAAUGGACAGGUUUAUUAUGUGUACGAGAUCGACGGCGCCGGAACUCAUAGUUUGAUCUCGGUGACUUGUGCAAAGAACAAGCUGUAUGCUCAUUUUGUGAAUGCGCCGACGCCGGAGUGGAAUCGGGACCAGGAUAUGCUCCGGCAUGUUCAUGAUUCGUUCAAGACGGUGGGAUCGUAUUAGGCAGCUUUUGUGGCGUCACCGGAGAUUUGAUCGGAGAGUGUAUGAAUUUGUUGUUAUGCACACACAUAUAUAUAUAUGCUUAUUCUUGAAUGAUGAGAAUCGGAUGCUUUUUUUCACCAUUCACACUCAUCUCUCUCGUCUCUGUUUUAUGAGAAUUUUGUUCAUACAAUCUAAUGUUUUUGGAAGAUGACUUGUGUAAAUUUAGCAAGUUUUAAUUAAAUAUAUGCUAAUGUUUAAUUUGUUA